CUCUUCAGAGGCUGCCUGGCGGCUGGCUACCACCCGCUCCCUUUUAAAAGUACAGAAAUUACCAUUAUCCCCAAACCAAGUAAACCCAAGAAAACCUACACAACCCAUAAGGGGUACAGGCCUAUCUCCCUUCUCUCCUAUAUUAGAAAGGGACUUAAGAGACUGCUGGCCAAAAAAGUCUUACUCCUGGCUAUAGAACAUAAGAUACUCCCUAAGCAAUACUUCGGAGCCCUCCCCAAGAGAUCGGCAAUAGACCUAAUAGCCUACCUCGUCUACAACACUGAAGUAGCCCUCGCCCAGGGGUCAGUUACCACCCUA